AUGGAAGUAAUGUUCAACUUUGGUUAUCUUCCUCGAAUAGGAUUUCCAACAGUAAAGAACUAUUUAAUGUUCAGCUCCAUACUUUUCUUUAGCGGAUUUUAUUAUUACUAUAGAAUUGUUCAAACUCUUGGAACUACUUUAAAUUUAAAUAUUGAACACAAAGAAGAUGACGUUGAAUUACACGAAUCUUUUACGGAAGAAAAUUUUGCCAGAAAAUUUAUUCUGGUUGUUCAGAAACAUCGUCUUCUCUUUUAUAUUCUCCUCAAUACCUGUUGUGCCAUUGUUGCAUUUUUUGGUAAAAAAUCUAUCGAAUUCCUGUAUGGUCGAUUAACUAAUCAUGAAGAGUCGACUCUUAGAAAAUAUUUUAGACGCUUUGUUCAAACAAAGCUUACUUUUUUAAUUUUUAUUUCACAUCACAACUUGUUGGAAGAUAUUCUCUGUUGGACACCUUGGUUAGCCAUUCAAAUUGUUUGUUUACUGAUUUUGGAAUUGGCAGAAUUACGCGUUGCAAAUACAUAUAAUAAUGUUUCUUCAAAUGUGUCUAUCCGACGCCGUGUUUUUAUUGCUUCUGCAACAACUAAUAUUUUUGCUAUUUCGAUGAUUUUCUUUGUUUUUGGAAUUAAGGAUUAUAUUAUUUUCAAUUAUACUCUAUUUCUUUUGGCUGACUGUUUAAUCCUUCUUAUUCAAUCAAUUCAUUUAUUCUUUAAAUUAUUUAUUCUCCAAGAUUUAAAUACACAAAAUUUAAUUCAACAACAACAGGGAAGCACUUAUUAUAUCGAUUUUAUUUAUGGAUUAUUUCGAGAUUGUUUAGAAUUUGCAAAUUAUCUACAUAUGAUUUUUUAUUCUCAUUUGGCCAUUACAUAUUGUUGUGUUUUUCUUAUUAUUCAAGCACAAUAUUAUUAUGGCCGUAUUUCUUCAAAAAUUAGAAAACAUUGGCAGCAAAGGGAAAUACUUUUACAUAUUAGCAAUAGUUUCCAUGAGCAUUGUUUGCGUCGUUGGCUUGAACAAGAUUCUAGUUGUGCUGUUUGUCGAAAGUCUUUGUCAUUUAAUUUGAAUAAUUUGCGUCAACACCACCAACAACAAAAUAAUAUUAAUCCUAUUAUUGCUGGUGAUGAUGUCGGGCAGGCAAUGCAAAUGAUUGUAGAAAUAUUCUCACCUCACAAUAAUCGAAUAAUUAGAUGGAUAUCUCGAUUUGUUUAUGAUUCUAUAAGUGAGGAACAGGUAAAUUCAAUGGUUAAUCAAGUUGCGGAAAUGUUUCCUCAAAUUCCUGUUGAUCAAAUUCGCCAAAUUGUAAAUACUACUGGUUCUGUUAGUGGUUCUGUUGAUACUUUAUUACAACAGAAUAACCCUGCUGGAGCUAUUAAUAAUGUAGAAGUAAAUCAAGAUGCUCAACAAAAUGCUGGUAUUCAAUUUGCUGAAGAAGCUGCUAGUGGUUCUGAGGAUGAUGAUGAUGGAAGUUUUAUUACUAAUACUUCCGAAGAUCAAGAGGAUGGACAACAAAUGACGGAUGAUGAAGAGCAUCAAAAUCUUAAUCAAGAAGUUCCUCAAUCAUCAUCACACUUGUUACAAUCUUCUUUACAACCUUCACAAAUGAUUCGACCACAAGGAUUUAUUAAGACAAAAAAUGAAUGGCUUAAUGGUCAAAUGACAAAAAUGCUUAUUGAUAGUAGAAGAAGAUAUCUUUCGUCUUCUAGAGGACAAGACUUGGCCAGAUUAAAUUUUAAAGUAUUAUGCGAAGGUUCUGGUCUUUAA